AAAUUGUUACCCUGUCAGAUGGCGUUUUCCAACAGCAAAUGACUUCGGAUCAGAAAUAAUCCCUGCCUCAGCCAGAGAAUUCUACGUAAAGGCAUACCUCUUCAAUGAUUAUUGGGAAGAUAUAGGGACCAUCAGAUCCUACUUUGAGGCAAACCUUGCUCUCACCGAACAUGUAAGUGCCAAAAUAUACAUUUGAGAUUUCACAUACCUUUCAUGUCAGUUAUUGCAGGCUGCACCUGGAAUUAGUAAUGGACUAGCAGUAAUUCCAAGGAAUGCAGCCUCUGCUAAACUUGCCAUGACAAGUUUCUCAAAUUUAACAAUGUCCAAAGAACUCAAGACACUUAAACAAGCAAUAAAUUACUCAAAAUGGAUCACAAGUGACAGCCCUUCUUAACACAUAAAGAGUACCUGCUUGCUGAUAAUAAAAAGGAAAAACUAUAAAGAUUACCUUCUCUGUAAAACACUGACCUUAUAAUUAUUUAUAUGUUGGCUUCUAGUCAUGAAUACCAUUUUACGUAUUAGCUGUAAAUGGUUUUGCAUUGGUCUUACUUAUCCCUACACCUUUCAGCCACCAAGAUUUAGCUUCUAUGAUGCAGCAACACCAAUAUAUACAUCAAGGAGAAACCUACCACCUUCAAAGAUUGACAACAGCAAGGUUAGUAAAAAGGGGAACCACAAACCUAUUUGCUUUUCAUGCAUUCCGACAGAGGAAAUUACUUGAAGGUUAUUUCAUCUUCUGUAACUCUCAUGCAGGUUGUUGAUUCAAUCAUCUCCCAUGGAAGUUUCUUAACUGAUUGCUCUAUAGAACACAGUGUUGUUGGCAUCAGAUCAAGAAUAAACUCUGGUGUUCACUUAAAGGUUUGCUUUACAUUUCCACCAGUUAAUAAACCUAUGAACUCUUUUGCUAAUUUUUUAAUGAUAAGCCCCCCAAAAACAGUAGUAACACAGGCUCCAUGCAGACACACAAAAGCACUGGUACUAAGAACAGCCUGAAAUGGCCAUAGAAAUAUGCAAUUUAUAAGAGAGCAAUACAAUAUCACAGAGGGAACAUAAAUUUUGUUAAGUACAUAGAAAAUAGGACUUGUAUUACAGGUUUGGUAGAGCUUCUUUUCUUUUUCCUCUGAUCUGUUCAAGGGUAUAGAAUCUCAUGAUGCCCAAAUAUAUGCAGGACACAAUGAUGCUAGGAGCUGAUUACUAUGAAACUGAUGCCGAAGUUGCAUCACUUUUAGCUGAGGGAAGAGUUCCUAUUGGCAUUGGAGAAAACACAAAAAUCAAGUAUAAAUAACUUGAACUACUCUUCUUUUCCCCCCUUUGUGAUUACCAAUGGUUUCUCACAGUUCAUCCUAUUACGUUAUGCAGAGACUGCAUCAUUGACAAAAAUGCCAGAAUAGGGAAGAAUGUUGUCAUUGCAAACUCAGCAGUAAGAGUAAUCCAUGACAACAGUUUAAUUAAUCUACCUCCUUAAACUAAUCUUUGAAUUUGAUUUGAGCUAUUACCUGUUGUUCUUAUUCUCUCCACAUGGCAUCUAAUCGUCCAAAGAAAAUUAGGGCUUGCCUUUUGAAAUAAUAUGUUAUCAAAACCUCUGUUUCAUUUUUCUAAUUAAGACACAUAAUUAAAAUUUUCAAAUUGAA